AUGGGAGUUGUGAUAAUCGACGGUUCAACGAUUCGUGACUUCGUGAGCAACGAAGUCGAAUUCAACAAGAGCGCCGAUGAGAGGUUUGCCGCCUUCGACCUGGAUCACGACGGCGUUUUGUCGAGGUGGGAGCUGCGCAAGGCAUUGGAAUCAUUCCGGCUGCUCGAAACCCAUUUCGGAGUAGACGUGGCAACUCCGCCGGAGGAAGUGGCGGAGCUUUAUGACUCGAUAUUCGAGAAGUUUGACGGGGAUCACAACGGGGAAGUUGACCUUGCGGAGUUCAGAGAGGAGAUGAAGAUGAUUGCGUUGGCCAUAGCUGAUGGUAUCGGCUCCAGCCCGAUCCAAAUGGCUCUUGAAGAUGAUGAUUGCAGCUUCCUUAAGCUCGCUGUUGAUCUUGAGGCUUCCAAGAUGCAAGAAAAUAAAGGAAUGAGUCUUGUGGUUCCAGCUCUUCAUGCUGCAAGGGAAGCGAAUCGCAGGAAUAGAAUCGCAGGAAUCAAUCAGUUCUCUUGCUUGUCUGAACGGGCAUCUUCCGCAACGCAAGCACCAUUGAUUGUCGAUAGUCAAGGCGAUCGAUCUCACGAGAUUCGCCAUGACAUUGACCGUCACAGGUUGUCCGAGCUGUAUUAUAUGUUGAUCAAGAUACAGUCGAACAUAAUCCAAAUGAUCUGCGAAUCGGUCGCCGAUCCAGAGCCACAAAUGUACACAUUAUCUGUUAGUUGUGUAAUUUUGUUUGAAGCCCUGUUGGUGGCGUACAUACCAGGGCUUGUCCAUGAAUCUGCUCUGAGCACAACUCCGCCGCUGUAA